GCCUAUGCUUGUGUUUUCGCUGGCCCCAACGUUCCUUAUCGUCUCUCUUUUCCAGAUCACUCGGUCUACAAGCAUUGUUAGAGCUCCCCUGCAGCACCAUGAAAUCGCGGCACGGCUUGCCCAAUCGGCGGACAUGAGUGCCAAUCUCCUCUCGCCAAGCAAGCGAAACCCACGGCGCAGCUGCAAGACUCCCUCGUCCCUCCCCUCUCACGUUCAACCGAGUUUUCCAGCUGCCUCCUCUGCUAUUCACACCUACGCGCUCGUGACAAAGUCGAUCAGUAGUGCUCCAUCCGUGACGCAAUCGAGUGCUACUACUACCAUCGCGGGGACACCUCCCUCCGAGCAGACCGCCCCCGAACAGAAACCAAUCCUCGUCUCCACUAGCUCCGCGACUUCGACUGCUACUGUCAGCUCUGGUACAAUCUCGAGCAGUAUAACAGUGGAUGGACACGCUUUCACCCUGACCAACAAAUGCUCCAAUGCCGUCCAUCCUGUUAUCACGAGUACGGCGUGCGGGUAUGGUCCUCGACGUGCAGAUGCCUUCUCUGGUUCGUGGUGCCGAUCUCCCUGUUCGGGCCUGCGGUGCAGGCGACAUUGCUUUCAAAGUGGUAUUCUGCCCGUAACCGCGCCCUCACCUUGUUGCCCCUUCGCUUUGUUGAUUGCUGUUCUGCUAUGUUGAACUUGGUCAGUAACUUGUUCCUGUACACAAUCAUUUGUGAAUGUAUGCUGUACAUGUCUGGUCAAAGCGAGCAGCUAGCCGGCGCACGAGGCUGUACCAGGCUUGGGCCGUAUUUGUCAUUCCAACAGCGAGAAAUCGGUACGUAUCCUGCCGACGCAGCGCCGAUCUGUCGCACGGCGAUGAGUUCACUGGAACCGCUGAAGGCCCUUCAACGAUUCUGGUGGGCCCUUCAACGAUUCCAGUGGAGAAAGGGUCAAACCGAUCAGGCUUUGUUGAGGGUCAGGAUUCGGGUGGGACCACCGCCUGCUGUCGGGAGCGUGAAGCAAGAUGAUACCGGCCACUGGCACACUCAAGGCUCGUGAAAGCCACUAGAGCUGGCUUGAAUCUACAGAAGCUCCCCGGAAUGGACCGAGAUAUUGACGGUAACGACCAGAUUAUCGCAACCCUUGAUCUCAAAGUAGGCUCGUGUUUGAUAUCAUCGACCACGUCCUCCGACCAGCGGUACCACAGAUGUAUGUCAUUGAACUGCCCGUGGAGUUGCCAGUGCAUGUCCUCAUCAGCGCGCAUCUGUGUGCAUGUCUCUGCCAAACUCGCUGAUGUUGACGUGCAAGCGCAUGAGGGCGAUUCGCAAAGGGCCAGAGUGAGCCCGUGUGAGAUCCUCAGGGAGAGAGCGGGAGCUGUUCAGAUGCUUGGAGACAAAUUGCAGUUUCCAUAAGAAUCUUGCGGGCGAGAGAGGGAGGAGGAGGUUGGCAUGCAACUCUGCCAGGUACUUCACAGGAAGGCGGCGAAGUCAUUGAGAGCAUGCAGAAUCAUCACACAGCAGGACGUGAGAGGUUGCGGGGACAUGGGCACGACUGUUUGAGAUGGAAUUGGGCCGCCCGCUGCUCGCCUGCCACUCAGAUAAAAUGGUGCCAUUGUCAUGCCAUGCACACGGUCAUUCGGUGAUAUCAUGGGUGCGGCGCUCCACCAAUUUCGCUCUUGUCUUCCACCACAAUAAUAAUCCAUCCAUCCCUCGGCACCUUGCGCUACUCAUCCCUUUAUCUUCUCCUCGCUUUGAAGCGAGUUUCUAUUUUCUCCGGCUUGGCGCAUCGAGUAGAGCGAAUUUGUCUUGUCAACAGGCAACGGUCGAUCAAGAAGCGGUGCAGAAACUGUGACGAUCAUCAAUCCCCACUUUCCUCCUCCUCACAUCCCUACGCCCCGCCAUGUCGCCGGCAUUCGCCCGAGCGGCCUCCCCGUCGGCAUCAUCUGGAGCCUCAGGGUCGAUAUCUACGAAUGGGAACUUGAAGGUCGUCGGCAUCAUCUUGGCGAUAUGCAGUGGUCUACUCAUCGGCUCAAGUUUCGUCUUCAAGAAGAAGGGCUUGUUGCGCUCGCAGGCAGGGCACGCGGCUGGAGAGGGCGUGGCGUAUCUGAAAUCGCCUCUCUGGUGGUUGGGCAUGUCAAUGAUGAUUUUGGGCGAACUGUGUAACUUUGCCGCAUAUGCCUUCGUGGAAGCCAUUGUUGUUACACCGCUUGGCGCGCUGUCCGUCGUCGUUUGCGCCAUCCUAUCUUCGAUCUUCCUGAACGAAAAGCUUUCGUUCUUUGGCUGGCUGGGAUGCGCGCUUUGCAUUCUCGGCUCUGUCAUCAUCGCCCUGAACGGACCGUCGGAGGCCACCGUAGGCCACAUCCUCGAUUUCCAGAAGCUCUUCGUGUCAGUCGGUUUCCUCGUGUACAUCGGCAUCCUCAUCUCGGCCGCAUUGGUCAUCAUUUUCUAUGCUGCACCUCGAUGGGGCAAGAAGAGUAUGCUCUGGUACAUCUUUGUGUGCAGCAUGAUCGGGGGCAUCAGUGUCAGCGUCACUACCGGUCUGGGAGCGUCCAUUGUCACAACCGCACAAGGAGACAACCAGUUCAAGCACUGGUUCAUUUAUUUCCUGCUUGGUUUCGUCAUUAUCACACUUCUGACGGAGGUCUACUAUCUAAAUGUCGCCCUCGCAUUGUUCAACACGGCCAUGGGUACGAACUCGAUCUUUCUGACACAUUAUAUGCUGAUGCCUCUACAGUGACGCCGACAUACUAUGUCAUUUUCACCUUUUUCUCCAUCGUAACGACCAUCGUUCUAUUCAAAGGACUAGCAGCAUCUCCAUCGUCGAUCAUCACGUUGGUCAUGGGCUUCCUUGUGAUCUGUGUGGGGAUCACUAUCCUGCAAAUGUCGAAAGUCGACCCAGAGGAGCUUUCGAAAAAGCUGGACCGAAGGAGCACGAUCUUGCUACAGGCUGCUCGCAGCCAGACCGAAUCUAUGGAAGAGAAACAUCACCUUGGCAUUGAAGAUCCUGGGAUGGACACCCUGCGUGGGAGUUUCGGCGCCGUCGGUAGUAUCAUCCGGGCUCGCAGUGCCCGAAGGUUAUCCCAGUCAUCGUCGGUUGGCCGGCCGCCCGGUGCGGCUGCUCCAUACGACAGAACGCGCGCUAAUUCGACGAACCCUCGCCUUCCGCCGGUUGAACGGCACCAGCUGUAUGACGCCCCGAUGCCAUCCCUAGACCUGGAGAAUCGAAGUGUCCGGAGUGAUAGCAACGCUACGACGCCCGGGCCAGGGGUGCUCGGAAAGCGAACGACCAUCAAGUUUGGAACAGAAGAUGUGGUGCAUCAAUAUCACCCCACUGGCGGCCAGAGCGGAACCCCACGGAGAGACGACGCUGCGAUCCACAGCUCUCGCCCGGUGGUCGAGUCCCCAUUGGUGAUGACCACCGGAUUGCCACCAGCAGACGGCGGAUAUCCACCUGGCCGGUCUCGGGAGGAAACAGACUCUCAGAGGGGUGGAGGCCUUGCCGGGGUCGGUGCCAAUGGCAGUAAUGACCUUCUUCUGGGCGAACUGGAUGAACAUCCUCCACCGUCCCUUGCGACGCAUGGCAGCAUGACCAGCCUGCGCGAUCAGAGCAUCGCUGUUUCAGAGGCGUACAGCAACGAGAGUCAUAUGACGCGGAGUGCGCCGCCAACGAUGGCCCCACGAUUCCCGGGUGCAAGGAGGAUGGACUCUAGGGACAUCUUUUCCAAGGACGAGCAAUCCGGCCAGGUAAGGGGCAGCCCGCAAAGCGGGACUCUUCUCAGUUUCCCUAGCGUGACUGAUUCUGCACGUUCUGCGAACUGGGAAGACGGCGCCCCCUCUGAACGCGGUCGCUCAACCCGAAAGUACCCGCGGACUGGGACCGAAGACGACAGAGACGAGAGUGUGAGUCUGUGGAAUAGGGGUCGGGACAGUCCAGAUGAUCUUGCACAAGACUCGGGGGACUCGGCGGAGAAUACCAUUAGACUGGUCCAGCCACGAUUCUAAUUACGGACGAUUUUUACGACUUUGAUACGGGGACUCUUAUAAAGCUUAUUAUCUUGUGCCGUACAUUACAUCUAUGUGGCCUGUUAUAGUUAUCCAGUGUAGGGAUUGUACUCAUUCUACUGCCAUGUUGAUGUCUCUGCCAAUGGACUGGAGCAUAUAAUCAGCGGACGCUUUUUCCUUUUUUUCCUCUCGAGAAAAUCCGCGACGCCCGUUUACCAGUCGUCAAGCAACUCUUUCACAGUCCCGUCUUCGCAGAAAGCCUCUUUCUCACGUAUUUUUGAUGGGGAAUGUUAGGCCGACGAGUGGUAGCCCCUCCCUUCCAGCACACCUAAUGUCAGACUGAGAGCACCUGGAAAUUGAACUCGUGCAGUCUGCAAGUCAUCGCUGUCACGACCGAGGUAGUCCAUCCAUCAGCGCUUGUAUAAAAGUGGAGAUAUGUCUUCAUGUUUGUUUGUCAGAGCAGCCUCAGGAGGAAAGCAAGUAGAGCGUGGGCACUGGGCAGUGUUUCG